CAAUUUUAAUUUCACAGUCAAAAGUAAGAGGUAUCGUUGCUUUCCUUUUAAUUUGUCCAAAUGAGGCGUAAUAAUACCCGACUGAUUACAUCUUCGUAUCUACGUUAUAUGGGCAAAUACUAAGUUGUCGACGCCCUACAGUACUUGCAACUCGCUCGCAGUUUCAAGAACCAGGAAUUCUGCAACCACAAAACUUGUCUGCCAGCCGCGGGGGAUUGUGGGAGAGGAAGCUCUAAACACGUGGGUAAGAGAGCGCAGCAUGGCGGCCGCCGGCAAGAGGAAAUUAGCUGACCUCAAUGUAGAUGAAUUUCUAACUUCAGCUUUUGACUCAGAGGGAGAUGAGGACUCUGCAGAGGAAUUCAGUGAAAAGUAUCCGGAUAAAGAGGAAAGAGCAAAACAAGUGAAACAGAAGAAACCUCUGAGGAGUAAAAAUGAACAAAAUAAAGGAAAAACGAAAAAGGGUAAAGCAUCUGAGCACAAAGACCAACUGUCCCGCCUUAAGGAAAAAGAUCCUGAGUUUUAUAGGUUUCUGGAGGACAAUGACAGAAAACUGCUCGAUUUUAAUGACUCUGAUAGCUCAGAUGAGGAGAGUGGUGCUCAUCAGCUGCCUGACCACCUGGAGGAAAUGAGCGGGGAAGAGGAUCAUGUUGAUGAAGGUGAAAAUAAAGAGGAGGCUCAGAAGAAAAAGAAGAAGAAACUUGAGCAGAUAAUUGUGACCAUAAAGAUGGUAGAAAAGUGGAAGUCAGAAGCCAAGACUGAUCUUAGGCCCAGACUAUUCCAUGAGAUUGCACAAGCCUUUAAAGCAACUGUAGCAACCACAAGGGGCGAGGAAGGUGAUGAUCCCAGCAAGUUCAAGGUAGUUGACAGUGCAGUGUUCAACGCCUUGGUGUCCUUUUGUAUUCGUGACCUGUUUGUACACUUAGAGAAGAAGCUUCAGCUGAAGCCUGCAAGAGGCACUAAAUUGGUAAAUCCUGCUGGCAGUGUGCUUUGGAAGAAGCUUCGCUUGGACAUUAAAAUGUACCUGAAUUCUCUAAUCCAGCUGUUGACUUGUCUGACAGAGGCCACCGUGGGAGCAGCGGUUUUGCAACAUGUGAAUAACAUUGUACAUUUUUUCCUGUGUUUUCCAAAGCAUACCAGACUUCUUCUAAAGCAAUGUAUUGUUUUGUGGAGCAGUGGUGAGGAAACUGUCAGAGUUGUAGCAUUCUUGGUACUGAACAAAAUCUGCAGACACAGACAAGAUACUUAUCUUAACCCUGUGUUAAAGAAGAUGUAUAUUUCAUAUGUGAAAAAUUCCAAAUUCACAUCACCCAAUGUUCUGCCAAUGAUCAACUUCAUGCAGCGAACUCUGACAGAAAUGUACUCCCUAGAUGUGCAGGCCUCAUAUCAACACAUCUUUAUGUACAUCCGGCAGCUUGCUAUCCACCUGCGCAGUGCCAUGACCCUCAAAAAGAAGAUGGCUUACCAGUCUGUGUAUAACUGGCAGUACAUUCAUUGUUUGUACCUCUGGUGUCGAGUGCUUAGUACUAUCCAUCCCAAUGAAAUUCUGGAGCCUCUGAUCUAUCCUCUUGUGCAGGUCAUAACUGGCUGCAUCAGGCUUGUCCCAACUGUGCGCUAUUUGCCACUUCGGUUUCACUGCAUACGUGCAUUAACGCUGCUGUCAGAGAGUACAAGUGUCUUUAUCCCAGUGUUGCCAUUCAGCCUGGAGAUCUUUCAGAUGGUGAAUUUUAACAAGAGGCCAGGUCGGAUCAGUGUGAAACCCAUUAACUUUGCUGUGAUCCUAAAACUGUCCAACACCAAUUUGCAAGAGAAAGUCUUCAGGGAUGGAAUUAUUGAGCAAAUUUAUGACCAGAUACUGGAAUAUCUGCACAGCCAAGCUCACUUCAUUGGAUUUCCUGAACUGGUCCUUCCCUGUAUUCUACAGUUGAAAUCUUUCCUAAAGGAAUGUAAAGUUUCCAAUUACUGCAAGCCGAUGCGCCAACUGCUGGAGAAAAUCCAAGAGAACUCUGCCUACAUAACCAGCAAGAGACAGAAGUGCACCUUUGGCGUAGCUGACAGACAAGCUGUGGAUAAGUGGGAAAAACAGAUGAAGGAUGAGGGGACUCCCCUGACUAAAUAUUACAGCCACUGGAAGAAACUGCGUGAGAAGGAGAUACAGCUGGAGAUCAGUGGCAAGGAGCGGAUGGAAGAUUUGAAUCUCCCCGAGAUAAAGCGGAAAAAGUUAGAGAAAAAGGAAGAAGAUAAGAAAGAAUUCAAAGAUCUCUUCGACUCCGACAGUGACUCUGAGGGUGGCAGCGUAGGAUUAUCGCUCAAAGAGAAAUCCAAAGCCAAGAGCAUGGAAGAGUCCUCAGAUGAGAAUUCCGAAUUAAGCAGUGAAGGAGAGGAGGGCGAGUAUGAGGUGCAAGAUGACGAGAGCAGUGACCUAGAGGGGGAAUCACAGGAUGAAGACAAGGAGGAGGAAGAGAAAGGGGAUAAAACCGCAGUCCAGAAGAAGCAAAAGAAGGGGGUGCAGCACCUCUCACAGACUGACCUGAAAGAACUGGCACAGGGGGAAGACGAUAUUGUCCAGGAUCUUGAAUUCUCAGACGAUGAGUAAACAUUUUGAUAUUGCACCAAUAACCCUUUGUCAGCUGGAUACAAUCAUGGCCGUCUGCUCCAAUCACCUCUCCCUGCUCUGCAGUCCUUUGAAGGGAAAUAAAAGGAGUCCAUCUUUUGUGGCCAUUGCUGGCAUUGGCAUUGGCUAUGAACAUCUUUAAUAGUCCCAGAACAGACAACUGAGUUCUGUAGCAGGCAAAGGACAAUAUAUAGAUAUAUAAUUACAUGUAUUGUGUUUCUUUUGUGACAUCACAACAGUUAAAUAAGAAAGUUAAAUGAAUGAGCUUCCUUCCUGCCAUCAUGGACUCACCGGCAGCACCUUCUGUCCAAUAGUCUGACCCCAUGCAGAGUGCAAACCAGAAGGCUACGUGGGGCUGCAAAAGUUGCAUCUUCAAAGCUUUCAUCUUCAAUUUGUAAUCACCUUUUUUUCAGUUGCAAUAUCCUUCUGUAAGAAUAUAUGCCAAACAGAUACACUUCUUUGUUUUAAAAGUAACAAACUGAUUUCCACUCAG